GUGGACGUGAAGACCGAGAUGAGCCGCAGCUGAAGAGGAAACUCGGAGCUUCAUCGGUUUGUUCCUCUCUCUGCUCACUUUGACUUCACGUUAGCUCACCGGAAGUGUUGUGAGCAGAGUGAACGGUAGUCUGGAGUUACCGAUAACCACUUUAACCGGCCUCAGGCCCCGCCGCUCUCCCUCCCUCCACGGGUUACCGGGACUUCUUCCUCCGGAGUCUCAGUCAGUCACACAGCGCAGCUGAAAGGAAGAGUCCAAACCUGCAGCGUCUCUGCGCCCGGGACCCUCUGCCGCUGUCUGCCGUGCUGGGAGCCACAAUGACAAAACGGCUCCUCUCAGACACUCUGAAAUAUCUCAGAGGAGACGACUCCAAACGUUCCAAGUGGAACCUGGAAGAUGAACAUCACGAAGGUUCCUCAAUCCUCCCAAACAACCAGCUGGAGAGCGCAAGAACAAUAUCAGCAGUUCAAACUCAGAUUGAAACAGGAGGCAAGACCUUCACCGCCCAGUAUGGAAGUAUCCUCAACAUGCCUCAGUUUAACCGUGUUCGUGCAGAACGGGAUCUUCAUGUAACGCUCAAUGUCAACAACACUUACACCCAGUCUCCUGGCGGUUCAGAUGAGACCAAAACCAAAGUAGAUGUCAGUGAUGUUGGAGAGACUUCGGAGAGCACAGGGGCUUCCUCUCCUCAGACUGAAGAGUUGAUCAUUCCAGAACCAAAGAAACAACACAUCUCAUACUACCAAGAAAUGCUUCAAUCAAACCUUCAGAAUAAGUUUAUGUGUGCACAAGAAGGGUGGACGGAAAAGAAGGAUGAGCAGCUCCUGGAUGAUAUCUACACAGAGCUGUACAUCACAGCCGGGGGCGACGUACACAUCAACACUCAGCACGAGGUCAGAAAGAUUGAGGCGGUGGUGGUGAAGCCACCAGAUACAGAGAAAAUAGUUAAACCCUGUGACAUGUUCAAACCUCCCUCUGGAAGAUACAGACCUAUAAGAACAGCACUGACCAAAGGAAUCGCAGGAAUUGGAAAAACUUUUCUUGUGCACAAGUUUGUGUUGGACUGGGCUGAAGGAAGAACCAAUCAAGAUGUGCAUCUCAUUUUCCCCUUCAGUUUCCGCCAGCUGAAUUUAUGGAAGGGAGAAAAGAUGUGUUUGGCAGAGCUCAUUCAUAAAUGUACCUGGGAAACCAGAGGCAUCAAGAAAGAAGCUCUGAAUUUCAUCUUCAAAACUCUGCAGUCAUCAGGAAACACCAACUACGACAAGAGCAACUUCAAACUCCUGUUUGUUUUGGAUGGACUGGAUGAGAGCCGCCUUCAGCUGGACUGCUCUGCGAAUAACAGCCCAGAGGAAGACUUUGAUGUUACUGUGGCGAUGUCAGUGGAUAUGUUGAUAACAAACCUUAUCAAUAGAAAUCUGCUUCCCGCCGCUCGCCUCUGGAUAACCACACGACCUGCAGCAGCCCAUCAGAUCCAUUCUGAUUAUGUUAACAUCAUGACGGAGAUCAGAGGGUUCACCGACCCACAGAAGGAGGUCUACUUCAAGAAGAGAUUCGGAAAUGAGAAGGCCAUCAGGAUCUUCUCUCACAUCAAGGCAUCACGAAGCCUCCACAUCAUGUGCCACAUCCCGGUCUUCUGCUGGAUCACUGCUACAGUCCUGGAGGAGGUGAUGAAGACCAGAAAAGGAGGAGAGCUGCCCAAGACCCUGACUGAGAUGUACGCAGAAUUCUUGAAGUUUCAGAUUCAUCAGACAAAAGAGAAAUACAACCAAAAGAAGUGCGUCCAGUACAUUGAGUCAUUAGCAAAACUGGCUUUCUGUCAACUGGAAAAGGGCAACCUGAUCUUCUACGAGAAAGAUCUCAAAGAGAGUGGCAUUGAUGUCAGUGGAGCCUCGGUAUACUCAGGAGUGUUCACACAGAUCUUCAAGGAGGAACGUGGGAAGAAGAAUGAUGAAGACAAGAUGUUCAGCUUCGUCCAUCUGAGUGUUCAGGAGUUUCUGGCUGCUCUUCAUGUCCAUCUGACCUUCAUCAAGUCUGGAGUCAACCUGCUGUCAGGAGAACAAACAACUUCCUGGUGGAAGUGGUUUCCAUUUAGAAAAAAAUCCAAGCCAUCAGAUUUCUACCAGACUGCUGUGGACAAGACCAUAUGGGAUCUAAACGGAACCCUGGACUUGUUCCUCCGCUUCCUCCUGGGACUUUCCCUGGAGACCAAUCAGCGUGUCCUACGAGGUUUGGUGGCACAAAUAGGAAGUAGCUCACAGAGCAUCCAAGAAACAAUUGAGUACAUCAAGAAGAAGAUCGGUGAGAAUCAGACUCCAGAGCUAAGCACCAACCUGUUCUACUGUCUGAAUGAGCUGAAUGAUCGCUCUCUAGUAGAGGAGGUCCAACGGUACCUGAGUUCAGGAGGUCUGUCCUCAGAUGAGCUGUCUCGUGCUCAGUGGUCAGCCCUGUGCUUCAUCAUAAUGUCAUCAGAAGAGGAUCUGGACGUGUUUGACCUGAAUAAAUUCUUCCCGUCAGAGCAGACUUUUCUUAGGCUGUUUUCAGUGGUCAAAGCCUCCAACAAAGCUCUACUGAGUGGCUGUAACCUCUCAGAGGCAAGCUGUAUGGCACUGUCCACAGUUCUCCCACUCCCAUUCUCUGUUUUGAAAGUGCUGGACCUGAGUAACAACAGAGUGCAGGAUUCAGGAGUGACGCUGCUCUCUUCUGGACUGCAGAGUCCAGACUGUGGACUGAAGACUCUCAGUUUGAGAUGCUGUGAUCUGUCAGAGACAAGCUGUGAAAUCUUGUCCUCAGUUCUUGGCGCUAAGUCCUCUAAUCUGAGAGAGCUGGACCUGAGUAGCAACAACCUGCAGGAUCCAGGAGUGAAGCUGCUCUCUGUUGGACUGAGAAGUCCACAUUGUACACUGGUAACACUCAGGUUGAGUCAAACGAAGCUUACAGGUAAAUGCUGUCAGUACUUCACAUCAGUCCUCAGCUCUCAGUUCUGUAGUCAGAGAGAGCUGGACCUGAGCGAGAACAACCUGCACGAUUCAGGAGUGAUGACGCUUUCUUCUGGGCUGGCGAGUCUACACUGUAAACUGGAAACUCUCAGGCUGUCAGGCUGUCUGAUCUCAGAGGAAGGCUGUAUUUUUCUGGACUCAGCUCUGAAAACCAACCCGUCUCAUCUGAGAGAGCUGGACCUGAGCUACAACCAUCCAGGAGACUCAGGAGUGAAGCUGCUCACUGCUAGAAAGGAGGAUUCACAGUGUAGGCUGGACACACUCAGGCUUGAACAUUGUGGGGAGCAGAGGCUGAAACCUGGUCUGAGGAAGUAUGCCUGUGAACUCACAGUGGACAUGAACACGAUACACCAAUACCUCAAACUGUCCGACAACAACAGGACGGUGACUUCGGUGACAGAGAGGCAGGCAUAUCCAUAUCACCUGGAGAGAUUUAACUGGUGGCAUCAGCUGCUGUGCAGCGAUGGUCUGACUGGUCGCUGUUACUGGGAGCUGGAGUGGAGAGGAGAGGUUUUCAUCUCGCUGAGUUACAGAGGAAUCGGGAGGAUAGGGGACAGUAAUGACUGCUGGUUUGUUGGCUAUGAUAAGUCCUGGAGUCUGUGGUGCUGUGAGGAGAAAGGUUACUUUGUCUGUAGCAAUAAGAGAAGACAAGCCCUUCCUUCCUCCUCCUCCUCCUCCUCCUCCUCCUCCUCCUCCUCCUCUGUCACUCACAGAGUAGCAGUGUAUGUGGACUAUCCUGCUGGCUCCGUGUCCUUCUACAGAGUCUCCUCUGACUCUCUGAUCCACCUCCACACCUUCAGCACCAGCUUCACCGAGCCUCUCUACCCUGGGUUUGGUUUCUGGUCUGGCUCCUCAGUGACUCUGUGUUCACUGUUGGAGGGAGAGUCUCCUCCUGUGUAGAGAAAUACUCUCACUGCUGACAGACUCUCCAUCUUAAUGCUGUGAGCCAUACUACAAAAGGCUGAGAUUCUGUGCAACCAGUAAAUAAAAAGAGGAUGUGCAGACUUGCAAAUCCUUUUUGUUGAGCCUGUGUUGUGGGUCCUGGUUGUGCUGAUGCAGUGAUCCCACUCAAUGCCACUUUUUCCUGCCAUUGUUAUUAGUCAUGCCUCCACUGUUAUUAUAAACAUGUCUUUUAUCGCCAUGCACAUAAACUAGAAUAUUUACCCGAACAUGCUAUCAUAAAUAACAUUUGUUAUUUUUAUGACUAUUACAGUUGUUAUAUUAUUUUUUUGUUACCAUUAUUGCUGUGCACCCCCC